UUCAUUCUCACAAGAAGGAAAUACAAAAACAGGAAAGAGGAAGCCUUUUGAGAGAAGCGAAGCUUUUGAGAGAGCAGCUUUGGGGCUCACGAGUCACGAGACUAUAUCAGUGCCGAAGGAGGAAGCUUUUGAGAUAAGCGAAGCUUUUUCCUCUACCGAUCCUGUCAAAUAUCAAAGAUAUAGUACUCUGAUAGAAGUUUUUCGAGUUGAUCUGUUCCUUUCUCUCUUGCAUUCUGUCUCAACUGUUUCUGUGUGUUUGGGCAUAUAUACUCACUGAGUGUAUUAAGCUGUGAAAAUUGUUGGAGGUUUGAUUCACAUGUGAAGUACAGCCCUAGCAGUCAUGUUCACCGACGGACUUGACAAAAAUGGCCUUCGUUGGGUGAGAGAGAAGGAAAUUCCAUUCUCUAAUUCAAGAAUGAGAAGUGGAAUUGAUGCAAUAACCGGCAUACAUGGCAGUGGGCGGGGAAUUGGGCUUCCCCCGCCUUCCAAAUUCCGAAGCGGGCACCUGCCAUCAUCGGCCAUCCCAGUUUCGAGGACAUUGCCGGAUGCCUAUGAUAGCGGUUCUGCUUCAGACAAUGACAUGACAACUGAUUCCGAGGAGGACACUUAUGGUGGAAGAUACUCCCUGGACUCUUCGCCGCAAGAUGAAAGGAUUGCUAAUGGAACUUCCCGUAGGCUUGGGAAUUCGGAGCAGAGGCCGCAGCCUUAUGGGAGUGAAUAUACAUAUUCUGAUGUUAGCUCAUCGAGGGAGACAUUAGUGGGCAGGCAAGGGCAUGUUGUAGAUAGGCUGGCUAGGGGGAAUGCGCGAUACCCAGUUGGGAGGAACUCAUACUCUGAGGAGGAAGAGUCAGAUUCGGCUGCUAGCUCUGAAUUUUCAAGCACACAUCCAGGGAGUAUGAGUACUGCUGUGCCAAGGGGCAGAAUGGGCGUUUCAGAAGGGUAUACUGCAAGUGUGCCCUCUGUGGUCAGUGUGGAAAGUGUCACUGGGAAGAAUCUGCAACCCAUAAACAAGCUGCAUGAAAACAUGUCUGAUGGUGACAAGGAUGAUAUUCCGAGUGCACCUCCAUUUCGUGGUUCAGGGCAGGAAAUUAAAGAAGGGGAUGAGAAAAUUCCAGUAUAUGAUGUGCAUGGCACUACAAAUGUUACAGAUUCGCACUGUACAAUCAUGUCUGCGCCUAAGACGGAGGUUGAUACUGGAAACAAGAAUCCAGGUCAUUUUGCUAGAACUGGUGCCAACGUGGGAGCUACAGCUUCUUCCAAUUCAAACCCAGCUCGUGUGCCGACAUUUCAUGCGAGUGCCCUGGGACCAUGGCAUGCAUUAAUUGCAUAUGAUGCAUGUGUUCGCCUUUGUCUUCAUGCUUGGUCAAAGAGUUGCAUGGAAGCUCCCUUGUUUUUGGAGAAUGAAUGUGCUCUGCUACGAGAAGCAUUUGGUUUACAGCAAGUGCUGUUGCAAUCAGAGGAGGAACUAAUGUCAAAGCGCUCUUCUGAGCCUGCCAGUGAGGGAGUUGCUCCAAAACCAAAGAAAAUCAUUGGCACGAUGAAGGUGCAAGUGCGUAAAGUGAAGACAGCCCUUGACCCGCCAACUGGCUGCAGUAUGUCAGCUUUGGGGCCGCCACGAAUAAAAAUGGAAUCAAUCCGAUAUCGGUUCUCUAAUUUUCAAUCCAUGCUUGUAUCUGCUUGGCAAGCUCUUCGAAAAAUUCAAGUUACACGCCCUAUACCUGCAAAAAGAUCCUUUAGGCGUCAGAGCUUGUCAUAUGUGCAUGCUAGCACUCGGUAUGUAAAGCAGGUUUCUGGGCUUCUUAAAACGGGUGUGACAAGUCUGCGGAACAGUUCGUCAUCGUACGAGGCUAUGCAAGAAACAUACUAUUGUUUGUUGAGGCUGAAAAGUUCCGCGGAGGAAGAUGCCAUCAGGAUGCAACCUGGAUCUGGUGAAACCCAUGUAUUCUUUCCAGAUAGUCUAGGAGAUGUUCUAGUCGUUGAAGUCCAGGACUCAAAGGGGAAGUACUAUGGUCGGGCCCUUGCCCAGGUGGCAACCAUUGCUGAGGAUUCGGCUGACAAGGUGCGCUGGUGGUCUAUAUAUCGGGAGCCAGAGCACGAGCUUGUAGGGAAACUGCAACUGUAUGUUAAUUAUUCAACAAGUGCAGACGAUAACGGUCAUUUAAAGUGUGGCUCUGUUGCAGAAACGGUCGCAUAUGACCUGGCUUUAGAAGUUGCUAUGAAGGUUCAACAUUUUCAACAAAGAAACUUAUUGCUGUAUGGUUCAUGGAAAUGGCUUUUAACUGAAUUCGCGUCAUAUUAUGGGGUUUCAGAUGUCUAUGUGAAGCUCAGGUAUCUUUCCUAUGUAAUGGAUGUGGCUACCCCCACGGCUGACUGCCUCACCUUGGUGUAUGACUUGUUAAUGCCUGUAGUUAUGAAGGGCCAUAGCAAGAGCACAUUGAGUCAUCAGGAGAACCGAAUCCUGGGGGAAACCAAGGAUCAGAUAGAACAGAUUCUUUCAAUGGUGUUUGAAAAUUACAAGUCCCUUGAUGAAUCAUCUUUCUCUGGCAUCAUGGAUGUUUUCAAGCCUGCAACUGGGGUGGCAGCGCCAGCGUUGGAACCUGCUGUUAAGCUUUAUACGCUUCUUCAUGACAUAUUGUCUCCUGAGGCACAAACUAAUCUGUGCCAUUAUUUCCAGGUUGCUGCAAGAAAGAGAUCAAGAAGGCAUUUGGCUGAGACAGAUGAAUAUGUUGCCAGCAAUAAUAAUGAAGCAACAUCAUUGGACUCUGUGGCAUUAUCUACUGCCUACCAGAAGAUGACUGCUCUGUGUGUCAACAUAAAAAAUGAAAUCCAUACUGACAUUGAAAUCCACAACCAACAUAUACUUCCCAGUUUUAUAGAUCUGCCGAACCUAUCUUCAUCAAUAUACAGCACAGAGCUUUGCAGCAGAUUGCGCACAUUCUUGCUUGCAUGCCCUCCAUCUGGUCCUUCACCUCCUGUAGCAGAACUUGUUGUUGCAACAGCAGAUUUUCAGAGAGAUCUUGCCAGCUGGAAAAUAAGUCACGUUAAAGGAGGAGUCGAUGCAAAGGAGUUGUUUCACUUGUAUAUCAUGUUAUGGAUUGAAGACAAGCGCAAAUUUCUACUCGAGUCAUGUAAAUUAGAUAAGGUGAAAUGGUCCGGAGUCAGGACACAACAUUCUACCACACCAUUUGUUGAUGAGAUGUAUGACCGCCUUAGAGAGACUUUGAAUGACUAUGAAGUCAUCAUUUGCCGGUGGCCAGAAUACAUUUUUGUGCUGGAGAAUGCUAUCGCUGAUAUCGAAAAGGCAGUAGUGGAAGCUCUGGACAAGCAGUAUGCAGAUGUUCUGUCGCCAUUGAAAGAAAAUUUGGUGCCUAAAAAAUUUGGGCUCAAGUAUGUCCACAAGCUCACAAAGCGAUCUGUUUGCUCAUAUACAGUCGCGGACGAGCUUGGAAUUCUUUUGAAUUCUAUGAAGAGAAUGCUCGAUGUCCUGCGCCCUAAGAUAGAAGCACAAUUCAAGUCAUGGGGGUCUUGCAUACCUAAUGGUGGAAACACUGUUCCUGGGGAGCGUCUUAGUGAAGUGACUGUGAUGCUGAGAGCUAAGUUUAGAAACUACCUUCAAGCGGUCGUGGAGAAACUUGCGGAAAAUAGCAAGUCACAGAGUGCUACAAAACUGAAGAAACUUCUCCAAGAGUCGAAAGAAAAUGUCGUAGAAUCUGACAUAAGAAGUAGGAUGCAGCCGUUGAGAGACCAGCUAACCAAUACCGUAAAUCAUCUCCAUACCGUCUUUGAGACUAAUGUCUUUAUUGCAAUCUGCCGAGGGUACUGGGACCGAAUGGGACAGGAUGUGCUAAGCUUCCUGGAGAACAGAAAAGAGAAUAGGUCGUGGUACAAGGGUUCAAGAAUCACAGUUUCUAUUUUAGAUGAUUCAUUUGCUUCACAGAUGCAGCAACUGCUUGGAAAUGCCCUGCAAGAGAAAGACCUUGAGGCCCCUCGAUCAAUCAUGGAAGUGCGAUCGAUACUUUGCAAGGAUGCUCCAAACCACAAGGACAAUACGUACUACUACUAGGCAUUAUAAUGUGUAUGGACUCGAGCAAGACUAGGGCAUUCUGUUGCAACAAGGAGUUUGGGAAAGCAGAUAGAUGCUACGAGGAGCCUUUGCGAUGACAUUAUCCCACUGGCUUGUUGAAACGGAUGAUAUGUUUCCAUCAGCACUGAAGCUUCUCGUGCUGCUAAUUUUGUUAAGGGGGAGCAGACAACUGUAUGUGCUCUGAUCGGUUGCCUUAAAAAGGUUUUUCUCAUUUUUUUCAUGCAAUCUACUUAUAUAUAACGCAUUGUACUGGACUAUCAAUUUUAUCCGUUUUUGUAAACUCAAUAUAUCGUAUGUCAUAUAGUAAUAUCUUUGCCUUUGUUUA